AGAGCGCACCCAGCCGGCGCCGCGCAGCACUGGGACUCGCGCUGGUCCUGCAGCCCCGCCAGCCCGCUCCGCACUGCUGGCCCCGCGCACCCUCGCUGCAGCCGGUCUGCGCCCCUCGACCCCAUCGGCACCAUGCACCUCUCCCAGCUGCUGGCCUGCGUCCUACUGCUCACGCUUCUCUCGCUCCGGUCCUCUGAAGCCAAGCCCGGGGCGCCGCCAAAGGCCCCGCGAACCCCGCCGGGAGAGGAGGUGGCCGAGCCCCAGGCUGCAGGAGGCGGUCAGAAGAAGGGUGACAAGACUCCCGGGAGCGGUGGCGCCAACCUCAAGGGCGACCGGUCGCGACUGCUCCGGGACCUGCGCGUGGACACUAAGUCGCGAGCGGCGUGGGCCCGCCUCCUGCACGAGCACCCCAACGCGCGCAAAUACAAAGGAGCCAACAAGAAGGGCUUGUCCAAGGGCUGCUUCGGCCUCAAGCUGGACCGGAUCGGCUCCAUGAGCGGCCUGGGAUGUUAGGCGGCGACCCCUGGCGGCAGACUGGGAAUUGAUUCUGUUGUGCUGAGGUCAUCCUUGGUCAUCAGCCUCCAGCAUCUGGAAACACCUCCAACGCUAUGUGGCUUUUACAUUUCUUUUUUUCUUUCUUUUUUCCUGGUACUGGGAAUACACAACACCAGCUGUUUUAUUAUUAUUUAGGGAGGGGAUGUGAUUUUAUUGUUUGGGGGGGGUUUUUUGAAAAUGAAAAAUAAAAAGUUAUAUAUUAUAUAUAUUAUAUACAUGAAACACACACCUACACCGACUUGAUGACAAGCGACAGUUUUUAAGAGACUGACAAAACCAGCUGUAAAACAUUGCUGUUUGUAAAUUCAUGUCAUGCAUAAAUGUAUUUAUGUUGUAAAGCUAUUUAUAUUGUUUAUAAAGAGAUAUUUAUAAAAAUUUUAUUUAUGUAACUAAAUGAAAGAAGUCAAUCAUUGUAAUGUUUUUGUCCUAACUAGUUGAAAAAUGUAAAAAAAAAUCAUUCCAUGAACAUCGUGAAAA